CCCUCACAAAACAGAAAACAUGGACUGUCCGAUAUGUUCUCAAACUUUUCCCGUUUCCUCUUUAGAAGAGCAUGUUAAUGAAUGUUUAAAUGUUCAGGACAAAUCUAUACCUGUUUCUGAUCGAGAUGAGCAAAGUAACGAUGUUAUCAAACCUGCGAAACGUCAGAAAACGAGUGCUCAAAGUUGGUCAUUUUUAACAAGACCAAACAAAUCUGACAGCUCAGCAAGUUCUUCAAAAGAUUCAACAAAAAGUACCACCAGUCAAAAUAAAAUACAUCUUACAAAAGACAAGCAGACUGGUAAAAAUACCAGUGAUAUGAAUGAUAUCGGAGUGCUUACAUCUCUGAAAACAACACCCUUCAACGAUAAAGUUAAUGGCGGGAAAUUCAAACAUGAAUUUGUAGAGAAAACUCUAAAUACAAAUAAACACAGAAAACAUAUGGUCAAUGAUCAUGUUCCACUUGCUGAAAAGAUGCGACCGCUAACAUUAGAUGAUUAUGUGGGCCAAGAUCAAGCAGUGGGAAAGAACAAACUUUUGCGCUCUUUGAUAGAUGCACGAGAAGUACCAUCUAUGAUAUUCUGGGGACCCCCAGGAUGUGGAAAAACUACACUAGCCAGAAUCAUAUCUGAGAACACCAAAGGAGGAAAUGAGUAUAGGUUUGUGAAGCUCUCUGCCACAACAUCUGGUGUUGCAGAUGUUAAAGAAGCUGUGAAGCAUGCAAAGAAUGAGUUGAAGAUGUUCAAGCGGAAGACAAUUCUUUUUAUAGAUGAGAUCCAUCGUUUCAAUAAACUUCAACAGGAUACAUUCCUCCCAUAUGUCGAAGAUGGCACUAUUGUGUUGUUAGGGGCAACCACAGAAAAUCCAUCUUUCCAAUUGAACACUGCCUUACUCAGUCGUUGUCGGGUGAUUGUUCUGGAGAAAUUAUCUACUGAUAGUAUCAAUAGCAUCCUAAAGAGGGCUCUCAGACAUUUAGGAGUUGACCUCCUUGCUAAUGUUUCCUCGGUACCCUCUGAAUCCAUUCCACUGGAGGAAAGGCCAAAGGUGUACAUUGCCCAAGAUGCACUGGAUACACUUGCCUGUUUUUGUGAUGGUGAUGGGAGGAGUGCUUUGAAUGGUCUCCAAACUGUAGUCAAUUCAAGGAAGGCACAUUUCAACAGCAGUUGUAUAUCAACACCUAAAGCCAGGAGUAGCAGUGAUGGCGACAAGGAAUGUGAUGUCACAAAGGGAUAUGUAAUUGUGAGAGAAGAUCAUAUUAAAGAUGGCCUCCAGAGAUCACAUAUACAUUAUGACAGGGCAGGGGAAGAACACUAUAAUAUAAUGUCAGCACUUCACAAAUCAAUCCGGGGCUCUGACUCUAAUGCUGCCCUCUACUGGCUGGCGAGGAUGUUAGAAGGAGGUGAGGACCCACUAUACAUUGCACGAAGACUCGUCGUUAUGGCAUGCGAAGAUAUAGGUCUGUCUGAUCCAGGAGCAUUACCUCAGGCUGUAGCCACAUACCAAGCUUGUCAGUUCACAGGAAUGCCAGCAUGUGAUUGUAUACUUGCCCAAUGUUGCGUAUAUCUAGCCAGGGCACCAAAGUCAGUAGAAGUUUACUGUGCUUAUAUGCAAGCUAAGGAAAGUGUCAAGAACCACAAAGGACCACUACCAGGUGUCCCCCUUCAUCUUAGAAAUGCAUCAACAAAGCUUAUGAAAGAUUUGGGUUACGGAAAGGACUACAAAUACAACCCAGCUUUCAAGGACCCUGUACAACAAGAUUACCUGCCGAAAGAACUAUUAAACAUUGACUUUUUCAAAUGGAAAAUGUAGUUAUCUAGAAGAAUUAAUCUUAAUUAUCUGAAGAUGCAGUAGAAAAAAUGCAGUAAAACAUUGAUCUGUUCACUGAGUAUAUCCGUUUUGCUUCAUUAAGCUUCAGAUCUGUUCUCAGAUAGAAUGUAGUGAUUGAGCAUGGGAACAGACGAUGGAGUAUAUCAAAUCUUAAGAUCAAUGAAA